UCCAAAAUCCUUUGAAAUCGCCACGAGCGGUACAACCUUCUCGCGUGCCCUUGGGAGUUCUGGCAUCCCUCGGCCAGUAGGCAGACGGCCCCUCUCUCUCUCGGAUGGACGCUACCGCCGACUCCUCCCUCAUUUCCAGGCUUGAAUCCUCCAACUACGCAGGCCUCCACAGCCUCUUUUCCUCCCACCUCCUCCCCUUCUCGCCCUUCAUUUCUGCUGCCGAUCCCAAACUCAAGAACCACAAGAAAAAAUCAUUCGCCACCGCCACCGCCACCGCCACCGGAGCCGCCGAUGCCGACGCCGACGCCGAACAUCGAUCCUCAAUCCGAUCCCUGGCAAAGAAGUUCCUUCCAUUCCUCAACCGCGCGCUCUCGCUUCUCCCAAAAUGCCUCUCCCAUGCACCCAAAUCACAGCCCCAAUUCGACGAUCCUGCCCUCCAACUCUUCGAGACUUACAGGCUUUGUUUGAAAUGCUUAGAAUGCAUUUCUUCGCAGUUGUCUGGCAAACCCUACUCUGUGCAUCUCCAGAGGGUUCGGAUGAUUCACUGUUUUGAGGUGUGGGGCCGUUAUGAGGAUGUUGAGUGCGAGGGCUUUGCGGUUCUUGAGAGCCUUAAAUGCAUUGAUAUUGGCAAUUCGGGUUCGAUGGCAGUGAAAUCAGAGAGACGGUAUGUGCCCCACUCGGUGGAAGGCGUUGAUCCGGAGUUUGCUUAUUUGGUUGUGGAAGUUGUUGUGACUCUCGUGAAGAAUGCCUCAGCUAGGCUGAUUAGGGAGGCGGGAGUUUACAGGAGGGUGCUUGUUUUGGUGGACGAGGUCAGACAGUGGUUAAGGUUUCUCGAUGCCAAUGCACAUGAUAAGUUGCACAGGGCGCUUGUGAGCUAUCUUCAAAAAUGUACUCUGUUUUUGGUGGGGGAGCUACUUUUUUUUGAUAUGGAUUUGAUAUGCGGAUUUUGCUCUGUAACAUUGAAUGAGUAUGCAGUGUCAUCAAUGAAAAAUCAAAUUCAUAAGUUUGCUUGCAGAAUAUGUUCCUGUUUAUUUUUGCAACAGGAUAAUGUACAUUUGGACGCCAUCGACAUAUUAAUAUGUUUGUUGGAUUCCAUUGCCCAUGAGUGUAAGGUCGAAAUCGAGGAGACCAUGUUGGAGUUCCUUGAACUUAUCUCAUAUUGCACAAAUAAAUGUCUUUCUGCAAGUACAAAUAUAUGUAAAGCUUUUGCAAAACACUUAUGCAAAAUCGCAGAUGAUUUCUCCGAGGGUUUGGCACCCUUUGGAAUGAUUUUGAGGCUUUAUGCUGCCGGGCUGUAUUUGACUGAUUGCAAUGUUCUGUCAAGAAGUUCCGACUCCAAAGGCUUCAGAAAUUCAAAUGACAAAUGUGCAAUUACGAUUCUUCUUAAAAAUGAGGAUAUCUUUCCACAUUUAACAGCUUUGAGUGGUGCAUUUGUAAAUUCUUUUCAUAUAUGCAGUGAGGAGAAAAGUAUGCCAUUUAGUGCUGAAUUCAAGGAUUCUGUAGGUCUCAUAUCUUCCCCAAAGCAUUCUAAUUAUGAGGCCUCUGUCAUGCGCCAUCUAAGGAAUGGAAAGGGUUACUUGUUUUGUUACUUAAGUGCUCUCAGAUUCCUGUGUCAGCCACUUUCUGAAAUAGUGAAUUCGGAAAGGAAAACAAUAAUUGCAGAAGAUGAAGUUUUUUUUUCUAAUAGACUACGUGGGAUCCAGGUUGUAUUCUGGCAAUUUUGUGACACCUUUCUUUUUUAUCACAGAUGUACGUUGGAAAGGGAGAGAGAGGGAUUUGAAAUCAGCAAAACAAUUUUGAGUGUAGCUGUAGCUGCUUUCACUCUGUCCUUAAGAACAAAGCUUGACAUGCAGAGAAGUGCGAAUUUCAUUAAGCAUGUUAUCUCAAGCGAAUGGAUUCAACCUCAGGGGCUAAAAUUUCUCUUUGCCUCUCUUCACAACAUUGGUGUAAUUUUAUACAGAAAUAAGGAAUUAAAAGAGGCUUCGAAGGCUUUAAAAUUAUGUUGUAGAGCAUCCUGGGCUUGUGUUUCACUUCUUGGCCAGAUGCUAGUUGACAAGUCAAGUGAUUUAUCAGAAGCUGCACUCGUAGAUUUUGUCAAGGAAGCAUCUGUGAAAAGUGCUUUUCUUUUAGAUGUCCUGUAUCAGUGUGGCAGUCAUAAAUUGAAUAAAAUCUUUGUUCAGAGCUUUGAGAGCUGGUUGGCUGCUGAAAAGUUGUGCGAAAGGCUGCCAAGUCCUGUACCUCUUGUGAAACAGUGGGUUAAGAUAAAAUGCAAACUUCAUAUGGAUGCGGAUGUGGAAGUGGAGGGUAGUACCCCAACCCUAUAUUGUUUGCUGUCCUCAUUGGCUAAUGUUUCAAAAAGCACAAUUGGCAUAAUUCUGGAGCAGGAGCUUGUAGCAUAUGAAAAAAUGAGUGGGUCAUAUCCGAACAUCUGUCAAGAAAUGCAAAUGAAAAUUAUAAACAUCCUUCUAAACAAUGUUUAUAUUACAAGAGAUACAUGUUUACUGAAAUCAAGGAUUUUUGUUGUAAAAGGAAGGCUGCUAAGAGCUCAUGGCUUUGAGGCCUUGAAGGAUUGUAUAGAGUGUUUGUCUGAAGCAAUCUCAACAAUUAAUGACAUAUGUGGUGAAACACAAGCCCAUGAUACUCCACUUCGCCUUUGUUUGGCUGUUGCUUAUUGCUUACGUGCACUAUGUGGACAGGAGGCUGAACCAAACUCGACGCAAGUUUUUCAAGAUAUUCAGGCUGCCCUAGAUCUAUGGCUAAGCAUCUACAUUCUUGGCGAUUAUUCUGAAAAUGAUCACUGUGAUAUGGCUGUAGAAAAUACAAUGGUACUGCUCUAUCAUAUUGUUGAUUUAUUAUCGAUAAAGGGUCACACUAAAUUUCACCAUGACAUUUACAAGUUGGUGAUCAGUUUGUUUAAAAGGAAGAAUGUCCCACUGGAGAAGUGUUUGGCUUUGCUGUGGGAGUAUAGAAGGCUUGGUCAUGCUCUCUGUGCUUCACCUAUAAAUGAGGGAUUUAUAAUGAACUUAUCAGAACAUUGUGGUGAACUUUCAAAGUCUAUGGAUUUCUGGGUCAAUUGUAUGAAGGGAUCUCGACCACUACUUGUUGGGUUCCAACAGAGCUUUUCAUUUUCUACUAUUGUUAGACAAGACUAUCAUCAGAGGAGUUCUUUGUGGUCAGAUAUUGGUGUGGAUGAAGUUAAAGGGGCUGCUUUAGAUCUUAUUUCAAGUGUUCCUGUAUCCAGUCAUUCAGCUUUCCUUUCCAGUUAUCUUUACUAUGACAUGUGUGAAAGACUCAUUGCAAAUGGACGGUUAAUUGAGGCUCUCUCAUAUGCAAAAGAAGCACUCCGAUUACGUAGUAAGCUCUUACAAGAAAAAUUUAACUACUCUGUGGAGCUGCAGAAUGAGAUAUACAAUGGAAAUGGAGAAGUAAUUCAAAGGCGUAGUUAUGGUCUUGGCAAUCUCCGACUAAUAAGUUCUGUGGCCACUGAAAUUUUUCCCUUUGAUACUACUUCACGAGACAUAGUAGGCUGUGUUCUUACUCCAUGGAGUGUACUUCAAUGUUAUCUUGAAAGCACCCUGCAGGUUGGAAUUAUCCAUGAAAUUAUUGGGAAUGAAUCUGAAGCAGAAAUUCUUUUAUUGUCGGGGAAAAACAUCUCCUACUCCGAAGGCUUGCCUCUUUUUGUUGUUUCUUUUUCGUCUGUCCUAGGAAAAUUGUAUCGGAAAAAACAGUUAUGGGAUUUGGCAGAAAAGGAACUUAAUAGUGCCAAGCAAGUUUUGGUGCAGAACAGUGGAACAAUUUCGUGCUUGAAGUGCAGAUUAAUUUGGGAAGUUACCAUUGAUCAGCAACUUGGGCAUCUUCUUAGAUGCCGCUCUGAAAGUGCAACGGGAGAUUAUUUGUUAAAGAGAUUAUCUUAUGCUGAAAAUCUGUACAAACUGGCACUGGACAAGCUGAAUCUAUCUGAGUGGAAAAACCCUGUGAGUUAUCCUAAGGGAACUAAUGCUGGGUGCAUAAAAGGAAAAACUCUUCCUAGGGAGGUUGAAUGUGGUGGCAAUUGUGAUUUUUCUUGUUUUGGGAAAAAUCAAUCAGAUAUGAGGGCAAUGCUCCCCAAAGAUGAGGUGCCAGAAGAAAAGAUGAAAACCAGGAAGUCUAGAAAAAACACAAAAACAUUGAAGAAAAAUUUACCACGGGACCAAUGUUUGGUAUCUGAGGAUAAUGUAAGGGUAACUCGCUCCAGAUAUCGUUCUUCUCAGAGUGAGAGUGCAAACCUUUCUGGUGGAUUACAUAUUGGCCUUACUAAACAUGCAAAUAGCAUGCAUACUUGCACUUGCUCUUAUACUUCAUAUGACAGUGGGUCCCUGUUGGAAAUUGAAAAACCUUUGGUUGACUUAGGGAGUGAAGGGACAUGCAUUUGCUUGAAAAUGAAGUGCUGGCAUUGUCUUCCUCAGGAAGUUGGAAAAUCUGGGUUUGUAAGCAAUUUUGUACAUCUGAAAUGGGAAUUUAUUCGCAGGCGGCUUUUAUUGAAGUUACUUGCGUGCAUAGGAAAAUGCUUGGGCCUUCGUGGCGAAAUUCAUGCAGUGCAUGAAAUAUUUUUACAAAGCUUAUCUGUGCUGGUUAGCAGAAAUGCAUUCCAUCCUACAAGAUCUUCAAUUCCACUCGCCUUUUCACUUGAUUUUAUUGGGAAGGAAAUAUCAGGAGAUCUUUUAGCAGUUGAACGUGCAGCACUUAUUUACAGUAUCUGUUGGUUUUCUUUGAAAAGCUACAAUUUCAAGGAUACCAGGAUCAGUUGUUGUGGUCUGGCUGGCAUUCAGUUACAGAGAAUGGUGUCUUGGUUGAUGCUGGCUUUUGUACUUUGCCGGGAGGUUCCCAUACUUUUUCAGAAGGUUUCCAGAUUGCUGCUAGUCAUAAUUCUCUACUCUACCUCAUAUGAGCCUUCUUCAUUGUCCUUAUCUUCUUGCAAAUCACUCUCUGAAGCUCACUGGGCCUCAUAUUUUCAUCAAGCUUCCAUUGGAACUCAUCUAAACUACCAACUCUUAUCAAGCUUUGCUGGGAAGCAUAAGGCCCAGACUCCUAUGGAUUUCAAGGAUUCACAUGUUGGUGGAGCAUAUCACAUCAGAACUGAAACAUACAACAUGCUCAGGCUUGCACCUGAAUCAUUUGAAGAUCUUGAAGAAUUUGUAACAAGCUUUUUUCAAGGUCUUCCUUGUACUACAGUGAUCUGUAUCAGCUUUCUUGGAGAUGCUUGUGCUGGUUUGUUAAGAGAAUUGCUUCUUUUUCCAUCCCUUGUUAAUGCAUGGAUGAUAAUAUCACGCAUGAAUCAAAAGAGUCAACCUGUUGUUAUACUACUGCCAGUGGGCUCUUUUUUAGAAGAAUUUUCAGGUGAUGAUGCAACUUCUAGAUUGGCAUCAGUACAUGCUGGCAAGGACUCUAGCAAUCAGUGGCACUGUCCAUGGGGCUCGAAUAUAAUUGAUGAUGUGGCUCCAGUAUUUAAACUGAUACUGGAGGAGAAUUACUUAUCAUCCUCUAUUGUUCCCUUGGAAGAUACAAAAAGAAACAGAUCAUUAUGGUGGACCCGGAGAAUGGAGCUUGAUCAACACCUUGGUAAAUUUCUGAUGGACUUGGAAGAUUUGUGGUUUGGCUCGUGGAAAUACUUGCUUUUGGGGGAAUUAUCAGAUUGUGAGCACCUGGAUUUGGUACAUAAGAAACUGGUGCAUGAUCUGAAAUUUAGGUGUAGGAUGGAUGUAAAUGAGAGUGUUCUCAGAGUUCUCCUUGGAGGCACUACAUGUGCCUUUGUAAAAGAAGAAUGUCUCUCAGAAAUUUUUCUUAAAAAAGGCUGCUAUAUUGGUGGAGUUGGACAUGGAGAUACAUCUAGAACAUGUUGCAACACCUCUAAUGGAGUCAGAAGCCCAUCCAAGUUGGCAUUCCAACUACUGCUCGAGGCAGCAAAAGAGCUUGAAGUGGAAGAAUGUCUUCCCAGAGAACCAGUAAUCCUGGUUCUGGAUUGUGAGGUGCAGAUGAUUCCAUGGGAAAAUAUACCAAUAUUAAGAAACCAGGAGGUUUAUCGGAUGCCCUCUAUUGGCAGCAUCUCUGCAACGAUUGAUAGAAGACAGCACUGUCAGGAUCUGCAAGUCAGGACAAUAUCUGAAGUCUUUCCAUUGAUAGAUCCUUUGGAUGCAUUUUAUUUGUUAAAUCCUAGUGGUGAUCUCAGCAGCACACAAGCUGAAUUUGAGAGCUGGUUUAGAAAUCAUAACUUUGAGGGAAAGGCAGGAACUGAACCUACAACUGAAGAAUUGACUAUGGCCUUGGGAAGCCAUGACCUCUUCAUUUACUUUGGCCAUGGAAGUGGUGCACAGUAUAUUCCUGGACAUGAGAUUCUGAAACUGGAAAACUGUGCUGCUACUUUACUUAUGGGUUGCAGUAGUGGAUCCCUUACUUUAAAUGGAUGCUACCCACCACGAGGUACCCCUCUCUACUAUUUAUUAGCUGGUUCUCCUGUUAUUGUUGCCAAUCUUUGGGAAGUGACAGACAAGGAUAUUGACCGAUUUGGUAAGGCCAUGCUUGAUGCUUGGAUGAAAGAAAGAUCAAUGCCUGCCCUAGACUGUGCUCGGUGCAAUCUACUAGCCAAAGAAUUCAAGUGCUUGAAUAUAUAUGGCAGUAAAGGAAAUCCCGAAAAGAAAAUCCAAAAAAGGGCAUUACUUGAGUCAUGUGAUAAGAUUGAAUGUAAGCAUUGUUUUGACCAUAGACCAAAAAUUGGAUCAUUCAUGGGUCAAGCUCGAAAAGCCUGCAAUCUACCUUUUUUAAUUGGGGCAUCCCCAGUUUGUUAUGGUGUUCCAACAGGCAUACGGAAGAAAGAUUCCUAAAAUCAUGCUUUAGCUUUUGUCCCCAAAACUGCUUGGAGUGUGUUAACUAUUCCAUUUCCAUGAUUUGUCGGCAAACACAACUUGAACAGAGAAACCAGAAAUUUAGGCAUGCUUAUCUGCUGCCCAAGAAGGUCAUCUCUUUUCACUUACUAGUGGAAAUUGCAGUUUCAUGCAUCUGACAAUUCCAUGUCUUGUCAGAAAAAUAUAACAUGAACAGAGAAAGCGCCAAUUCAAGCACGCUGCUCUCUUCCUCCCAAGAAGGCUCUCUGUUCACACGGAUGUAGUUUCUAAAUGAGAAUAUUUACACAUUGUAAAUAACACAAAAGUUUUGGUCAGUCUUCCUCGUAUCAUAAGUUGUCUUGGCUGGUGGAAAUAGGAAUUGUUGAUUUCUAGUUAUUGAAUUAAACGGCCAUUUUUUUUUUUGGGUCAAUUGAAAGUCCACACUAGGCAUGGUCUACACAAAGGGAGAGCGUUUCUCCCAUCAUAUUCCUCUCCCAAUAUUUGAAUCUAACACCUUUAGAAUGAAAACCUCAGCUUUAACUUCAUAUGUAAUUGAAGGGUCUUUGGCACUAUUUUUUUUGUACAUUGUAUGGUAUUAAUUUGGUCUCAUCCUUUUAUUACAAACAGGAAUUGUUAAUCAGCUCUUUAUUGCUCACUUCAUACGUAA